AUGAAAGUAUUCCCCGACCGAACUGUUGCGGGGUGGCUAUUGGCCGCCCUCGCCGGAACAGCAAUCGCCCAUUCGUGGCCCGAGUCCACCGUCCGUCUAGCGCCCGAUGGCAAAGAGGUUGGGAAGCCCGGCACGGAGAGGAACCACCCCUCGGACAGUUACAUACUUCCACCCAACGGCCAGGCCCUCUCUCCCAACGACAAGAUUGUGAGGGACCCUCAGGCCAAGCUCACAGACGCAAGCUACACCACUGAGAACCCGAUGCUCUCAGUCGCUCCCGGCGAUUUUGUCGCAAUCAAGUACCGCGAAAACGGCCAUGUCAGCCGGCCCGAUAAGACCGACCCGGGGCGCCCCAUUAACCGCGGUACCGUUUACCUCUACGGAACCACCGAAAACGACCUCUCCAACGUGAAUCUCAUGGAUGUUCACCUCAAGUGGACUUCCGACGGGAAGGGCGGGAACGGAAAGGGGAAGCUGCUCGCGACCAGGAACUACGAUGAUGGCCAAUGCCACGAGGCUCCCCCCAGCGACGGCGACUUGGAAGGUAUUGUCGCCUACCGCACCAAGAAAUUCAGCACGCCUCAAAUUCUCCUCUGCCAAAACGACGUCAUGAUCCCUCAGGAUGCCCCCGUCGGCAAGGUCUACACCGUCAUCUGGGUCUGGGACUGGCCCCUGAUGAAGGAAGUCGGCGUGGCAGUGCCCCCCGCUGAUUACAAGUCCGACGCAGUCGCCAGCGUCCAGCUUUACACCGGUGUCGUAGACUACAAAAUCGUCGACCCCUGCGACGAGAGCCUCGGCGACACCAAGGGCCCAACCUGCAAAACCUCCAAGGUCGAAACCAACGCCAACUUCGCCGUCGACGCCCCCGCCGAGUCCCGCGGCAUCGCCUCCCAGAUGGCCGAGCCUUUCCUCGUCAAGGUUCCCCAGGCCGGCUUUGGCGUCGCCGCCGCGACCGCCGACACCAAGCACAUCCCCUUCGCCAACCUCAUCGGCCAGAAAAACCUGCAGUUCCCCCUGGCGCAGUCCAUCCUCGAUGCCCAGAACUUCCCGGGCGGCGGCAAGAUCCCCAUGCCGACGCCUGGGCCGGGCGGGGCCGGUGGCAAUGCCUCGGCUGGUGAUGAUAGCGGCGAUGUGGUGGUCACGGUGACUUCAACGAUUCCUGAGGGUAUGACGACUAUGACCGUCACCCGCGGUGCGGCUGAGGCUACCAAGACUGCCCCGCCGAAGCUGGUUAGGGCGCUUCGUGCUAGGCGCCAUGUGCAUCAAUUCUAA